AUGUCGAAAUACUCAGUUCAAAGCACUAAAGUGAUUCCAUCUGCCGCUUGGCCGUGCCCCCCUCCGAUCGGCGUUUUCAUUCGCGACAAUGCCGGCGCGACAUGGCACGACUGGCUGAACCUGCUGGAUGCUCUGGAAGCUGAUCUCGAAGAAAUGGAUUUCGGGGAUGAGAAUUGGAAAAAAACACAGAUCAAACUCAAGAAUGCACGUACGUUGUACGAUGUCUUCCAAGCGGAACUCGAGAAGAACGAAAAGUGCAUUGAGAAGAUGUUGUCGGCACAUGGCAGUAUGGCCAAUGCCCAAGACAAAGGCUUCCAGGUGCAGCAAGACUUGUUCGGAAACCUGUUGGGAAAAAGGAGUGCUGAUGUCUUGGAUAGCGGCCGCGGUGGGAGGAGUUUGCGCCAGGUGCGCCAACGAGCGAUGGGUUCACCGUCUCCUUUUUUCAGUCCCGGAGAUGAGGAAACGGUGGAAGGAGAUGAUGAGGAAGAGGUGGAAGAAGAUGAUGGUGAAAGUCCCAUUCCGAUGCCAUUGCUAGUGGACAUACCGUCUAACUAUGAACUGGUGCCACCUGCCAGCUGCGUUCUCGCAGACGGUUUCGACAUUGCCAAGGUCUUUUUCAAAUAUCAACGGCAUGCGCUGGCCUUGGCGAGGCAGCACAAGCUGCAGCUGGAGACCAACGUGCAGGAGAUCCUUGCGCUGUCGCACACGCUGCUUAUCAAACCAGAGCAGCAUACCCCGGAGAUGCUGUGCCACUUUGAAGAAGAACGCCUCGACCACAUCCACGCGAUCGGGCUAGAGACAGUGGAUUAUCAGUCCCGUCCUCUCUCGCAAGACCUCGAAGCCUUGAUGCGAAACGUCUCCAAGCGGGCUCGAGCAUCAGGGAAAUUUGACCGAGCUCUGCAGACUGAACUCCUGACAAACAUCAUGGACAAAGAGCCAGAGUCGACGGACGCAUUGAUCCUGUAUUUGUGGCUGGACAUCAUGAGAAAGUUUCCCGCUAAGCCGACAAACUUGGAACGAGAAUCGGAGGGAGAUCUGGUAACCUCCUACCUGGCUCUUGUGAUCAAUCCCUUCGUCACAUCCGGCAAGCAAACGCGCGCGGUUUGGCCCAACACCGCAUCCACCGUUGCGCACAAGCAGAAGACAGUGGGACGUGCACGUCAGCCAGACUUCAAACUGGCCUAUGUGCAUCAACGCCAGGAAGUGGCUGAAUGUGGCUACGGAGAGGUGAAACCGGAUUUGAAGGUAGCUGAUACCUUUGCGUGCAACCUGGAUCUCGUACGGAUUGCAAGGCUCGGUAAAGCGUGUCUGGAUGACAUCGUGAAGAAGGGGGUGAAUGGGCCAGUCAUUCCACUCUUUCAAGUAACAGGGCAUAAGAUGUGUAUGUAUUCCUUCUCACUGUUCGCGGAUGGCAUCUAUCUGAUGCUGGAGACGGGAUGCGUGUCUCUGCCGAUGGCAGUUAGUGAGCUGCUGCCGUUUGUCGACGACCUUGAGCAUUUAUUGGGAUUCCGGGAACUCUGCUCCAAUAUCACCAAUUGCCUGUCCGGGAAGAGGGUGGCAAACGAUGACCAAAAUAAGCUGCCGAAGUACCUCCGGAAGACUCUGACGACGCCGCAGUUUGAGCAGGUUGUCGAUAAGACCAAAUCCCGUAAGAGAAAGUCCACUAUUCGGCAUAAUUAG